UCUCAGCCCUUCGAACAUACAUCCAUAUCGACAGACACUCGCUCAUUGCUGAUCUUUUUUAUCGCGUCCUUUCUUUACAUUGCCCUUCUCCUUACAUUCAACACUAUGAAGUGGCUCAUUCUUGCUGGCCUCUGCGAGUACGCCUUGUCUACACCCAGUCUUGACUUUAAGUUCUGGGGGGAUGAGACGCCACAGAAUGGCAAGAUCACCUCCCAAGGCUGCUUCAAGAAUGAAGCUGAUCUGACCCUAAUGGCCGAUGUGAAGCCGUUUACGGUGUCCGCGGGGGCUUGCGCACAGAGAUGCUUGAAGGACGAAUCCGACAACUACACCAUCAUGGGAUUGCAGGGCCACCAUUGUUGGUGCGGCAGUCACAUGCCUCAGGAGGAUGAUAAGACCGCCGCCGAAGAUUGCAACUACGCCUGCCCUGGCUACCCAGGGGAAGCAUGCGGCGGUGUUGGUGACAACAAAGCGUUCAAUAUUUUCAACCUGGGCAUAGACCUGACUCCUGAUGUUUAUGGCAUGGGGGGAGAUGACUCGAGCGAGGACAACAGUGACAAGACGACGAGCACCGACAUCAUUGCCACGACCGAGUCGGCCACCUCCACCGUUACGAGCGAGGGCGAGACGGUCACAGUCACCACCACCAGCACCCCUGACGGCACUCCGGGUGGCAACCCAACGUCUUCGACUCGGUUUGGAGGUAGGAGGAGAUGGACGUGGCUUUCUAUCUCUUGAUAGUAGGGAGGAAAAGGCGCAAUAGCCUUGUACCAAGCCAUGUGUUUAUACAAAACAACAAAUAUGAUCGAUUGAUGAAGUAUUCGAGAAAUUCCUUAAUACUUAAGUAGGUGCAAGUAGUUAUCUCGGGCAUUCAGCAGUGAUCCGUCAUCCUCGUCUAAAAGCGGCAGCAUCACCCGACUAGCUUGGAGCUACCUACCCGGUAGUCCUUUUACCUCGGACCUCCACUGCGCUGUCCAUCGACGUGACCAAGAGCUGCCGGCCUUCAG